AUUUUUUUUCAGCAGAUUUUGUUAUAAGUAAAAGUAAAAUUUAAAUUUACAGUUAAAAUUUAUUUAUUAAUAUCUAUAUAAUAUAUAUAUAUAUAUUAAAUAGAUUAAUUUAAAUAAUUUUUUAACACUAAUUAAUUUAAAUAAUCAAAUAAAUGUAAUUGAUGAAAUAGACCUAGUAUGAAUUUUCUUAUGGUAUCUCCUUUAAUAAAUAAUAUAUGGAGUAUAAUUAUAAAAUUUGGAAAAAUAGCAUACACUUUUAUUUUAUUUUUUUAUAAUAAAAUUUUAUUUAAAUUAACUUAUAAUAGUAUAUAUUAUUAGUUACAAAAUUAAUCAAUGGUAUUAAUUUAAAUAACAUAUUUUAAAUUUUUAGAAAGAUUUUGUUAGAUUUUUUCAACAUUUUGUUAUAACUAAAAAUAAAAUUUAAAUUUCCAGUUAAAAUUGAUUUAUUAUUGAUAUCUUUAUGUACUUAAUUGAUUAAUGUAAAUAAUUAAAUAAAUGUAAUUGAUGAAAUGGACCUAAUAAAGCUAGUAUGACUUUCUUAUAGUAGAUAAAAAUAGUAUUUCUCUUUUAAUAGAGAGAUUAUAGUGACUAUAAUCUGAACUGCCUUACCUCAUGUGUUAUAGUCUUAUAUUCUCAUACUUAUACGUUUUUGGUUUUCUCAGGUGGAGGACAGUUAUACAUGUGGGGAAAGAUUAAGAACAAUGGUGAUGACUGGAUGUACCCCAAACCUAUGAUGGAUUUAAGUCAAGAUUUCAUUGAUUGUGAGUAUUGCUUUUAACGUUUUGUAAUUGGUCAUGCAAGUGGGUGGAACUUGCGUUGGAUGGAUUCAGGAAGCAUGCAUCAUUUUGUUGGUGCGGAUAGUUCUUGCAUAAGCUGGGGUCAUGCUCAGUAUGGAGAGCUUGGUUAUGGCCCCAACGGUCAAAAAUCCUCUGCAGCGCCUAAAAAGGUGGAUUUACUCGAGGGAAUGCAUGUAAUGGGUGUGGCAUGCGGUUUAAGCCAUUCUAUGGUCAUAGUUGACAGAACAGAUAUUGCAGAUCGUCUUGAGCAGCUAGAGAUCUACGAUGGGAAAGGAUCAUUAGAAGAGAGUGUAGAACCAAAAGAAGAAGCUGUGGCAACAACAAAGCAAAAACCUGCCAAAAGAGGAGCUUCUAAAAAGAGGAAAGCGUCAAAAGCUUCUUCUGACAGUGAUGAAGAAAACAGCGACAAGGAAAAGGAAGCUCAAGGCAGCGACAGCGACUACAGUGAUGAUGAUGGAGAAGAAGAAGCCAAUGGCAAGAAACAGAGAACUCGUGGCAGAGGACGAGGCCGCGGCGGCCGCACCGGUAAUGGAAAAGCUUCGCCGGUGGAAGAAGAUGUAGACCUCGCAAGUCUUAGAAACCACUCUGACUCCAAAAAAUAAUCGAUGUGGUCUAUUUUUCAACAGUUUUCCUCUCUUUCUUCACACAAUGAGAUGCUACGAAAGACUUUUUUAAUUACCGUAUCAAACAUUUGUUUAACCUUUACCGGCUUAUGUAUUCUGAUGUAAACCACAUCGAAUGAUUUAUUCACAGUCAAAAACAUUUUCGAUUUGUAACAA